AUGAUUAAAAGUUACCUCAUUGAGAAACGCAGUCACGUUAUAGACGUUAUUGUGAAUAAUCAGCCACGUUUCCUUGCUGUCGUUGUAUUUAGCAACCUCCGCCCGAAACUUUUUUUAAAAAAAAUAAAUAAAUACUAUAAACAAAAUUGUUUAUUAAUUUUUUUAAAGCAUCCGGGUGGAGAGGAAGUUCUUUUGGAACAAGCAGGACGUGACUCAACCGAAGCUUUCGAAGAUGUGGGUCAUUCAAGUGAUGCCAGACAAAUGAUGGAACCUUAUAAAAUAGGAGAAAUAAUAGAAAAAGAGAAAACAAAAACGGACAGUAAAGUUACCAAAUACUGGGAGAGUGGAACUGUAGAAAAUGAUGACUCUAGUGGCUCCUGGAGAUCCUGGUUGAUUCCGAUCGCGCUUGGAGUUCUAGCCACUCUCGUUUACCGUUAUUUCAUCAGUGCACACUAACCGAACAACAUUCCUCGAAUACUUUUAUUUUUUUUUCCUCUUUUCUUUUUCUAUAGAGAACUUACACGCAUACGAUGAUUGUUAUUACUUUAUACAAUAAUGAAAUAAUCUUUGUUUUACGAGUGAUCGAGACAAACU